AUGCUUCGCGUCUCGGCCCUAUUUGCGGCGCUGGCCACGUGCUAUGGGUGGCACACCAUCGCUCACACCCUCAUCUCCCAAGUCGCCCAGCUCUCGCUGACCGAGUCGGAAAAGAAGACGCUGAGCAUGCUGCUCGAUGACUGGCAGCCCUUCUUCCCCAACACCUCCGACCUGACGACGGCUGCGGUGUGGCUUGACACAGCAAAGUGUGACCGCGACGAGCAGGACUGCAAGUUUGCAAGCGGGGACCACCGCCUCUACGCCGGUGCAGUGGCCGACCGCAAGUUCAGCUCGUGGCACUAUGCUGAUGUUCCGAUCAACCCCGAUGGCGUGGAGCUGUCCGAGGAGGAGCAAGACAUCUACGCGGAGGACCACAUUGUGUGGGCCCUCGGCGAGACGCUGUACUCUCUCGGCACGAGCACCAACCUUUGGUCGCUCAACCUCAACCUUCGCUAUAUGCUUCACCUUAUGGGCGACAUCCACCAGCCGCUCCACGCGGCCGGCAUGUACGCCAAGCCUGGAAACCC